GCUUUAAAAUCGUCAAACAUCUUGAAACACAGCAGAAUGUGGUAUUUGAUCAAUUCCAUGGGGAAACGGUUGUAUUUGAAACCAAAUAAAGAAUUGACAUUUGGUAGAAAGAAAAGUGACAUUCUUCUGCAAAAUGACGAAUCCAUUAGUAGAUUGCAUGCUUCUAUACAUGUUGAACCCAAAGAAGUAGUGGAGGUGAAUGAACCCAUAUCGAUAUGUAAAUUGAAAGAUAUGGGUUCAAAAUAUGGUACAUAUAUUCUUAUGGGUGAAGAAGAAAGAAUAGAAGUUACUCAGGAAGGAUAUCAUUUGAAAGAUCAGGAUAAAUUACGAUUUGGUUUGCAACAACACAUAUUUACUGUAGUAUAUGUGCCAAUAAUAACUGUUGUAUCUACCUUGAAUGAAACUGAUAAAAGUGCACUGCGAAGUAUAAUAGAUGAAAUUGAUGGAAUGAUCUCUAGUGAAUGGACAAGUAAUUGUACUCACUUAACAGUGUCAAAAGCUACUUUGACUGAAAAGGUUACGUGGGCUAUGGCUUCUGCUGUACCAAUAGUAAAUCUGAAUUACUGGAAGGAAGUUAAACAUGCUGUUGAUAAUGGCCAAGAGUUCCCAAAGUCAGAAGACUUUGUUCCACCAAUUACUGAAUCACUGAUUAAUGCCAGAAAGGUUUCACUUCAUGUAAAUGAAAAACGAAAGAUAUUAUUUCAAAACUUAAUAUUUGUGCACUUUAGUGCUCAUCAGUAUAGAGCAUAUUGGAAAAUGAUUAACAUGGCAAGUGGUAAAUCACUUUUAUACUCAAAGAAGCCUUUGAGCAGAAAGGAAAUCUGUGCACCUAAUGUCAUUGUAUUACAAUAUUCUGACAGUGAUUCAACACAAUCAACACAACGUAUAGUGCCUGAAUAUGAUGCAGUAUAUUCAUUAUUGCAAACGAAUAAACGUAAAAUGAUUUCGGAAUCCGACAUUCCGCUCGCAAUUUUACAUUGUUCCGUAGAAAAAUAUUGUAAUCCAAAGUUCAGGUUUGGGGAAUUUUUGAAAAGAUCGCAGAUAAAAUUUGACUCUUCUGCUAUCUUAGCUCUUGAUACACAGGAUGUAAUGCCUGAUGUAAGAAUAUUACCAAAAGUCAUUUCCAAUGUUCCGUUGAAAUCAAAUGUCAAUGUAAAAACUUCUACACAGAAAUUUGAAAUUAUUCCUGAAUCAAAUGACAUUAGUAGCAUGAGUAUAUUGAAUAAAGAUUCCUACCCACUAUCAUUGGACAGACUGAGAACUAGCACGCCAAAAAUGAGUCAGGAUACUAGAAACCUUAUUAACAGUAAUAUUUCAAUUGAAGAAGGAACUAUACAAAAGGGGAAAAAUGUACGUACACAAAAGACUACAAAGUGUAUUCCGGAAACAAUUGAUUCAUCUUCAACAAGUGAGACACAAAAGGAUACACAAUAUUCUAGAAAGGAGGCACUAUGUCUAAGAAAAGAAAAAGAAGGAACUAUACAGAAGGUAAAAGAUAUACAUACACAAAAGACUACAAAAUGUAUCCCAGAAACAAUUGAUUCAUCUUCAACAAGUGAGACACAAAAGGAUAUGCAAUAUUCUAGAAAGGAGACACCAUGUCUAAGAAAAGAAAAAGAAGGAACUGUACAGCAGGUAAAAGAUGUACAUACACAACAGACUACAAAAUGUAUCCCAGAAACAAUUGAUUCAUCUUCAAGAAGUGAGACACAAAAGGAUACACAAUAUUCUGGAAAGGAGACACCUUGUCUAAGAAAAGAAAAAGAAGGAACUGUACAGCAGGUAAAAGAUGUACAUACACAACAGACUACAAAAUGUAUCCCAGAAACAAUUGAUUCAUCUUCAAGAAGUGAGACACAAAAGGAUACACAAUAUUCUGGAAAGGAGACACCAUGUCUAAGAAAAGAAAAAGAAGGAAUUAUACAGAAAGUAAAAGAUGUACAUAAACAAAAGAUUACAAGCUGUAUUCCAGAAACAAUUGAUUCUUCUUCAUCAGAUAAGACACAAAAUCAUACACAAUAUUCUAGAAAGGAAACUCCAUGUCUCAGAAAAGGAAGCACAAACUCACCAGAUAUUGAACUCCUGAAAGAAUCAGUGGUAGUGAAUAAAGGAACUCAAUUUCAUGAAGUAAUUGAUUUAAGUGACGAAGAAGAUGAUAAAGUGGAAAGUGUACAGUUGAAAUAUAAUAAAAAUUUCAAUAAUAUUUUAAGUCAAGAAAAAUUGGAUAAAUUACUUCACACUGGUAGUCUAAGAAAAAAAAGUCCAGAAAUAGAAGAUGUAAUUAUUCAGCAAAAACAUAAUAUUCUUUCGUCUACAAAAGUUUAUAAAAAUAUGUCGAAAUUACCGUCACAAAAAAUGGAGCAAAACGUUGAAAGAUUAACGAAAACCAAUAAACGUCCUAAUGAAUACGAUGAUGAAGUAGAGUUUCUUACAUCUACUAGAAAAAGACGUUGUUCGGAAACUACAGUCACGGAAAAUACAAUAGAGUCAUCCUGUAUUGUAAGAUUACUACUUUAA